AUGGCUACUUUUAUCAAUGAUAAAACAAGACUUUUCAAAAAUUUGGGAGACCCAACAGAGCUUCCAACGAAAAAGAGAUCUGAAGCUAGAAUAAAAGAGUAUAGGUCUGCCACAGAUGCGAGAGCUUGGUCUAACAAUGAGCAGGAACAAAAAGAAUAUAUUUUAGAUUUGAUGAAUGCAGAAUCACCGAAACAACUGCAAUUAGGUAAAUAUGUUCCAAUUGAAGUACUUAUUGAUACGCUGCUCGCAAACAAAAAUGCCGAUAUCAAGAAACUUGGUGACCAAAUAGAUAAACUCGAGAAACUUUUAAAAUGUUACGACGAUUUAGAUCUUACGCCCGAUCAACGAGCGAAAUUGAAUAAAUUGAAAAGUCAAGUAUACGGAUCAGGUGACCAUGCAAGAGAUGGCGAUGAAAAUAGUGUUGUUUCUGAAACGCCAUCCGCAGUUUCAUCAAAAUUGACGGCUGCGUCUGCAACAUCGUCCAAAGUGGGAUCUGUCGGUUCUGAAACAUCGGCCAAAGUGGGAUCCGAGGGUUCUGCAACAUCAGCCAAAGUGGGAUCCGAGGGUUCUGCAACAUCGGCCAAAGUGGGAUCCGAGGGAUCUGCAACAUCGUCUAAAGCAGAAGCCGAAGGUUCUGAAAAAGAAUCUGGAACAUCUUCUAAAGCAGAAUCUGAAGGUUCUGCAAAAGCAUCAGCAGGGUCCCAAAUUUCUGGUGGAUCCGAGGUUGUAGAAGAUGAUGUUGCAACUUUACACAAAAAAUUGGAGGAUACAAUUCGAGAAUGCGACAAGCAUAAAGAACUGGCUCGGCGCGCUAUUGAGCAGCUUGAAUCUAUCAAAAACAUCAUGCAAGAAAGGGAUGAUCUUCAACAGAAAUUAAGAGAAUCUGAAGAAGAAAUUCUAAAAUUAAAGGAAAGUUUAGAAAAGAGAGAAUCAUGUGAAGAUGAAAUUAAAGAAAUGGAAAAUGAAGUCGAAAGAUUAAAGAGCAGUGGAAAAGUGGACGAAUUUGAAAUAAUGAAGAGAGAACUUGAUGUUGUUAAAAAGACAUGCAGUAAGCUUCAGAAUAUUAAGGAACAAAAUAAAAUAUUAAAAGCGGAAAAUGAUGAUUUGAAAAAUCAAUUGAAUCCAGAGUUCAGUCCUGAUAAAAAGGAAGAGGCUAAGAGUAUUGAUAGACUUAAAGAACAUCACUCUGCUAUUGCAUGCAUUGACUGUGAGGUUGAAAAUCUUAGAGAUCCGAGCGUAGUUGAUGAUCACGACGAAGCGGACAUGAAGCAAUAUUACAAAGAACAAGUAGCUAUUCUAAAUGAGAAGGUUGAUAAAUUGAAGGAAGUAACUAAAGAAAGAGACCGUCUACAAGAGAGUGUUACGCGUUUAGAAACCGAAUUACAAGGGUAUGAAGGAUUAAGCGACGAAGUAGAAAGCUUUAAAAAGAAAUCGAAAAUGUUAGAUGAUGUUUUGGAAGAACGUGAAAGCCUUCAUAAAAGACUAAGUCGUAUGAAAGGUAUGGAAGACGAGUUAUUAGAAUUGAAAAGAAAAGCUGCUCGAGUCGAUGAAUUAGAAAGACUAUUAGCCGAAAUGGAAGGCAAAUGCGGAGUAGACAUCAGCGAAGCUGAAUUAGAAGCAUUAAGACUUCGGGCUCAGGAGGCCGAUGUUUUACGAAUUGAACGUGACAGAAUGAAGGUAAAAUUGGAUGAACUUGGUUCAAUGGAUGAUGAACUGAAAGAGCUAGAGAAUAAGUCCAAAUCAAUUGAGGCACUUCAAAAUGAGCGCGAUCAAUUGAAAGAUCGAUGCGCUGAAUUAGAAGCAAUGCUUUCAGAUUAUAAUAAUCUAAAACGACAACUCGACGAAGCCCAAGCUAUGAAUGAUGAGAGAGAUGCUUACUUGCGCAAAGUUCGAGAUUGUGAAUGUGUUAUUGCUGAUCAAGAAGAGGAAAUCAAUAGACUUGUAUCUCACGUGGACCGUUUAUCCAAAGGUCAGGAAAAAGAGCAGGAAUUGACGAAAAAGGCAAUGGGUGACCUACGAGACGAACUUGAUAAAAAGAACGAACUAAUAGCACAAUCAGAACAGCAGCUUGAUACAAUGCAGAGUCAAUUAAGAAAUACAAUUGAUGAAGUUUCUAAUGAAACUACUGAUCUCAACAAUAGAAUCGCCGAACUUGAAAAACAACUAGCCGAACUUGAGAAACAACUAGCUGACAAAGAUUCUGAAAUGGCGCAACAAUUACAAUCACUGCAAGAAGAAAAUAAGAAAUUGCAAGAUAUCGUUGAUAAAAUGCAAGAGUAUAAUGACAAUGAAAAACUAAAGAGUAUGCUUAAAAAAUCAAAAUUAGCAGUGCACAAAGCGGCUGACGUAUUGGACACAAAACAACUGAGUGGCGUAAUAGGUAAUACAGACGAUACCUCUUUAAUUAACCGAAUGAAAGACUUAGAAAAACAACUUUCCCAGGCGCAAAAUGCAUUAAAAGAAUGUGAGAGAAUGACAGCCGAAAAUAAAGCUUUACGUAAACAUUCCGGUGAAAUACAAACGGUUGCCAAAGAUCAAAUACAAGAUCUUGCAAAUGAAUUAAAAUUAGCUAGGGAAAAAAUAGAUCAAUUAACAAAGGAAAACUUAGAUUUAAAGAAACAUAUUGACGAGCUAACUAAAGAUGCUGAUUCAGCAUUGACCAAUAAAAUUAAGGAACUUGAGAAACAGCUGGAUGAUUCAAAAAUUAAUAGGAAAACAAUUGAUCCCACUAUUGGGGGAGAUUCAAAUAAAAUUGUGAAUGAAAAUGCAGAUUUGAAGAAACAGAUUGACGCCAUGAAAAAAUCAAUGACCGGAGAUAAUGUAGAUUUAAUAAACGAAAAUACUAAAUGCAGAGAUAAAUUAAAAGAGUUGGAAAGACAACUCGAAGAUGCCAAAAUUCUUUCAAAGAAAGAUCAACCAGAAUUAGCAGCAGAUAAUGAAAAGUUGACAAAGGAAUUGAAUGAAUUAAAAAAUAAGUUGAAAGACGGUGCUAACGAAUCUACAUUAAAAGAAAACAAUGACCUAAAAAAUGAAAUGGAAAUGCUCAAGAAGAAAUUAAAAGAGGGUGGUCAUGAUAUCACCUCAACAAAAGGAACUGAUGGUGCACAAGAUUCGACUUUCAAAGAGAACGAAAAAUUAAAUGAAGAAAAUGAAUUGUUAAAGAAAAAGUUAAAGGAGGGUGGUUUACAAGAUGCAACAUUAAAAGAAAAUGAGGAUUUGAGAAAAGAACUAGAGAAUCUCAAAAAUUCAAUAAAAAGGAGAUGUUCGAACGUAUUUGCAAAAGAAAAUGCUGAUUUGAAAAAAGAACUAGAGAAUCUCAAAAAUUCAAUAAAAGGUGGAGAUACUUCGAACGUAUUUGCAAAAGAAAAUGCUGAUUUGAAAAAAGAACUAGAGGAUCUCAAAAAUUCAAUAAAAGGUGGAGAUACUUCGAACGUAUUUGCAAAAGAAAAUGCUGAUUUGAAAAAAGAACUAGAGAAUCUCAAAAAUUCAAUAAAAGGUGGAGAUACUUCGAACGUAUUUGCAAAAGAAAAUGCUGAUUUGAAAAAAGAACUAGAGAAUCUCAAAAAUUCAAUAAAAGGUGGAGAUACUUCGAACGUAUUUGCAAAAGAAAAUACUGAUUUGAAAAAUGAACUGGAUUCAUUAAAACAGAAAUUGAAGGAUGGAGGACAAGAUGCUUUCUUAAAAGAAAAUAAUGAAUUGAAAAAACAAUUAGAAGAAGCUAAUAAACAAAAAGGUGCGGGCGUCCCGGAUGCAACAUUAAAAGAAAAUGAUGAAUUAAAGAAGGAACUUGAAUCACUAAAGAAUCAGCUAAAAGGUGAUGCUCAAGGUUCAUCAAAGGAAGUCGAUGCGUUAAAGAAAGAACUCGAUGACAUGAAAAAGAAAAUGAGCGCUGCACAAGGAGGCGGUAAUGUUCCAGAGGCAGUUCAACAAGAAAAUGAUAAUUUAAAGAAACAACUUGAAGAACUUAAGAAAAAAUCAGGCGGUGAACCAGAUACCAAAGAUAAAGAAGAUGUGACAAACCAAUUGAAACAAGCUAAUAAAGAAAAUGAUGAUCUCAAAAAGGAAAUUGAAAGGUUGCAAAAAGCUAGUCCCGAUUUAACAACAAAACCAGAUGCUGCUAAAGGUGGUCUAAGCGACGAUAGUAGUGAUUUGAAAAAAGAAAUAGAAAGAUUGAACAAGGUAAUUGCAAGUAGUGGAAGUGAUCAACAAAUGGUAAAUCAGUUGCAAACAGCAUAUGCUGAAAUUGACGAUUUAAAGAAAGAAUUAGAAAAAAUGAAACAGUUAGUACAUUCAACUGGUGAUAAUGCAGCAAAACAGCAAUUGGACGACCAGGCAAAGGAAAUUGAUAGAUUGAAAAAGGUACUACAACAGGGUGGAAUACCAGAUGAUCAUGAUACGAGAGAAAAACAAGAACUAUUGGAUAUGAUACAGCAAUUGGAAAACCAACUAGGUGAUAUGGGGCGAGACGAAAAGAAAGAUAAAGGAAAAGAUGACAAAGAUCCAGAAAAUGCACAACUAAGAUCGAAAAUAAAGGAACUGGAAGAUAGAUUACUAAAAACUAAAGAUUGCGAGUCUCAACUAAAGAAAUUGGAAACAGAAUUAGAAAAACAAAAACAAGAUAGCUUAGAAACAAUAAAAUCAUUGAAAGCACAAUAUGAUAGGGACGUGAAGAAUUUGCACAAUAAAUAUAACGACGGAAUCCAGAAGUUACAAGCAUCUCAUGAAGAAAUUUUGAGUAGGGGGAAUCAAGAUCUAGAAAGAGAAAAUGAUGAACUAAAACGACAGUCGAGACAAAGUAAAUUAAUGCUCGAUGCUCUCCAAUCUAAAUUGGAUGACAAAGAUGAUAAAAAAAUGGCAACAUUAUCAAAAAGUGUACAAAAAUUGGAAAUCGAACCGUGCGAUUGCGGAGACGAUAGGUUCCGUAAACUGCUGAAGAAAAUUCUUAACGAUGGCAUAGAGUCCUUGUCCUUUGAUGAUCUACAGUUUAUGCAUACAAAAGUUUGCGAUGCCACAUCUAAAAUUAUCGAUAAAAAUAGAUCCAGUAUCCAAAGAACGGAAAUUACAGAAUCUUACAGAAAUAUGCCGAGUGUAGCUGACACUGACUAUAAAAGGCGGCAAAAGGUUGCUCAAAGUCAAGUUGCUAAACUUCAAUUGGAAGUGGCUCUUGAGAGACAACGAUUGGAGGAUUUGAGGAGCACUUUGGAUUUGGAAAAACAAACAAACAAAGGACUAGAGGAACAAGUCAAAAAGAAAUCGAAAGCUGUAUCAUGUUUUAUGAAUGCAUUAGAAGAAGAGCAGUCUAAAAGUAAAUUGCUAGAAAUGAAUUUGCAGCAAGAAAGGGAUAAAAGUAGGCAAUUAAGCAGUAUAUUAAGUAAUCAUGAUCAAACUUGUUCGUGUAUGCAUAAAGACAGAACGACGUCUCGACGAAGACCAUCUGAAAGGGAUCGUUCUAGAGAGAGAUCCUCGGUACUUCAAUCUGCACCAAGGCGUAUUUCAAAGAACUAACAUUACAACUGUGUGCGUAUUAAAAUAAAAUGUGUGGAAUGUGUAAAAUGUCUUUCAA